AAAAUGACCGGCCAACCCAACAUCAGUCGUGCACGGUCUGCGAUCCGAAAUACAAUUAACGGUCAUUCGAAUCACAGUGAAUCACAUUCCGAGCGGUACUAUUUAUUUGUUUCCGUGCCCUUCCAAGACAACCGUCAUGCACGUGAAAAUCGCAGUCGUCCUGUUCGCAGUGGCGACGCUUCUCCAGCCAUCUCACAGUAUACCAACGCAUCGCUAUGCUAGAGAUUCGCCGGAUUGGGCCUCUCGAUUUAAAGAAUACAUGAACAAGAUUCCGGGCUACGGAGGUGGAGCAUCUGAAUCACCGAAACCACCGUCAUCAAACCAGCCAGACUCAUCAUCGUAUCAGCAAGGGGCCGCUGCAGGAACAGAAUCGGCUUCAGCAUCCGCACCAGAAGCUUCAAUAGCGGCUAAAGAUGGAGCCUCUCCUCCCAGUACCUCAGGAUUUUCAAGUUACAUGCCAAAUAUGCAAAAUUAUCAAAACAUGAUACCAAGUGGAAUGAGCAGUUAUUACCCGAGUCAGAUGCCUCAAUCGAUGAACCCCAGUGGUUUCAUGGGUUCAAUUCCAGGAAGUUCUGGUUCUGCUGGAUCUGCAUCCGCACCAGAAGCUUCAAUAGCUGCUAAAGAUGGAGCCUCUCCUCCCAGUACCUCAGGAUUUUCAAGUUACAUGCCAAAUAUGCAAACUUAUCAAAACAUGAUACCAAGUGGAAUGAGCAGUUAUUACCCGAGUCAGAUGCCUCAAUCGAUGAACCCCAGUGGUUACUUGGGUUCAAAACCCACUGGUUCAUAGAUUUAAUGGUGCAGGUCAAAGAUAAUCAGCUGGCCCACCGUA